AUGGAAAUGGAAGAUGAAAUAACGACUAAGGGAGGAGUACAAAAACUUCAAGAUCAAAUAUUUGACGAUAUUGCGCAGGAUAAUUACAUUAAUCAUGAUAUUUCUCAUAUAAGUGACUCUGAUCCUGAUGAAGAACCUACACAAACUGUGCGAAAUACUGGACGUCCUAGAAAAACACCUCAACAAGAUGAUAAUCCUAGACAGUGGAGAGAUGACGACUCAGUAAUUAAUUCAUAUAUAUUUAAUCCUGACAAUGGAGAUUACAGCCUUUUAAUGUGGACUGGUUUAGUUUCUCUACCUUCCUAUGAUUUAUAUUGGAGUACUUCAGCCAUUUUUAAAACUGAAUUUAAUAACAGUCAGGCAGAUCCAAAUAACCGUUUGUAUAAAUUAGGAAGUGUAAUAAAUGAUGUAAUGACCAACUCAAAUACUUGUAUGCAGCCAUAUGAUAGUUUUUGUAUUGAUGAGUCCUUGAUUAAAUUUAUGGGUAGAUUGUCAUUCAAACAAUACAUAAAGAACAAAAAAAGUAGAUUCGGUAUUAAACUAUUCAAACUUUGUAUUUCUCCAUGUUAUACACUAGCAAUCAAAGUUUAUGCUGGUAAAGAGGCCAAUGCAGAACUAAAUGUAGGCUCAAAAAUAGUACUUGAGUUAUCUGAACCAUACUUAGAUUGUGGGAGAACUCUUUAUGUUGAUAACUGGUAUACUAGUAUUGAACUAGCCGAGUCACUAAAUGAUAGGCAAACACAUUUGGUUGGAACCUUGAGGGCAAACAGGAAAUCUAAUCCAAAAGAUGUCACACAAAAAAAAUUAAAAAGGGGUGAAGUUAUUUCAAUGCGAAGCUCUUCAAAUAUUUUAGUUCUUAAAUGGAAGGAUAAACGUGAUCUGUACAUGUUAUCUACAAAACAUAAUAGUGAAAUGAUAUCAAUUGAUCACCAUGGUAAAUAUAUUAAGAAACCUAAAGUCGUAAUAGAUUAUAACUUAGGUAAAUCACCAAUUGAGUUCUUAUUCCAACCCAUUGCGCCGCAGUAUUAA